GCCAGACUGUUGACGCGCCAUGUACGUGUGCUGUGCAGGAGCGCACUUCAUUUGCCUUUUUUUCCGCCUUAAAACAUCUGUUUUGUGUGUUCUAUGUUGUAUGUAUUUUAACAUGCAAGUAAAUGUCGUCCGAGAACUAUAGACGUGUGCAUCAAUUCUAAACCUGUAAUUAACCAGAUAUCAAUCCUAAUUCCGUGUCCGGAGGUUGAUUUGUUAACUAAGUAGUUGGAAGACUGUAACCCGACUUUCUUUUCUUAAGUCUCGGGACACUUUGUCAACUAUUGUUUACACGUCACUUAAUCGGCUGCAUUUUCAAGAGCAUUCAAUAACUGCGUUAUACUUAACGGAAUAUAAGGUUUUGAAACCAUGGACAAAGAAGCUUUGUUGGAUGACCUUAUGUCCAAUAAGGGCACAUCGUCCCUUCUGAGCGGCCAGCUGGCAAUCAAAGUGGUAAUAGACAACCAAUACAUACCUCCUUUGAUAACUGGGGCUGAGGAAGACAUAAGAGCCAGCUUCACCUCUCUUGGCCAUGUUGUCGACUCAGUUCUGUCCGAUCAGAUCAAAACAAUAGCACUAGUUGGCUCAGCAGGGUCCGGUAAAACAACUGCCUUAGAGAAGUUUAUUGUAGACUGGGCCAAAGGGGAUCAUUGCCAGAAGUUCUCUCAUGUGUUCCUUUAUGACUUGAAGGAUCUGAGUUGUGACAGCCAAUAUUCCCUGAAAACAUUGAUACAACAGAAUCGCCAUCCGUUCGACCCAGAGUCUAUGGCUCUUGUGCUGCAGAGGCCAGAGAAUGUAAUGUUUGUGUUUGACACGUUGGACCUCUACAAACAUCCCUUGGACCGCUCAGAACACACUCUCUGCUCUGAUCCCAGCAUGCCAAUCACAAUAUCCACUUUGUUGGCCAGCCUACUUCACGGGUCUCUUCUGAAAGGAGCUACUUUUUUAGUGGCCACCAGGCCUACAGACAGUCUGAAGUUUCUGGAGGGCUUCAAGUUGGAGCUGUUGGGGUUUUCAAAACCCCAACGAGAGGCCUACUUUGGAAAGUUCUUCCCUGACCCACAUGUGGCCAACAUUGCUUGGCAGAACAUGGAGAGGACAUUGAGUUUUUACGAUUUUGGUUCCUCUCCUCGUUUUUGUUGGACUGUUUGCUCAGUUUAUAAGAAUCAGCUAGAUGCUGGAGAGAGAAUGCCUGAAACAAUAACUGAGAUAUGUGUCAAUGCAAUGGCACAAAUAGUCGCAUCCCUUGCACUGGAUGAGGUCCGGGCCAGAGAAGUGGUGUUGGCCCUAGGUAGACUGGCUGCUCAUUGCUGCAUCAAUCCACAGUCUACCUGCUGCAAACACAGAAUUGCAACAUUGGGUCUGAAACAGCUCCUAAACGCUCCGGUCCUGGUUCACUCCCUGCUAAGGGUAGACGGUAACAUGGAAUCAGAUCAAUGCAUCUUGUCGUUUCACUCCCAGCUGAUGCAAGAGUUGCUAUUGGCUGUGUCUUUCUUUUUGGAUAAGACAAUAGCGAAAGACGCGACUGAACUGUUGAACACGCAUGAAGGCCAUGUGAGGUAUCUUCAUCUCUACCUGGCAGGGCUUUUGAACCCCAGUCAGCGGAGGCCACUGGAGUCUCUGCUGGGGGCGUUUAACGAUGAGCAGCUGAUGGACUUUAAAUGUUGGCUUGAAACCAGCUCUCAGAAAACAGUCGAAGGCUACCACAAAGAAAAACACCUGACAGUCUUCCGGCUGCUCCAUCAGAGUCAAAACAAUGUGUUGGUGAAGGAAGUCAUCACGCCGUCUGCUCGAAUCGGCAUCAGCUAUGGAGGCCUGGGCCUUGUUGACUGUGUUGCUUUGAAUUACGUUGUAAAGUGCCUUGGAGGGAUGGAGUGUUUGAAUCUGUAUUUAGCAAAUAAUUUGACGGAGGAGGGAACAGAUGCCCUGAUCCCAGCAAUGGGCCUGUCUCAGAAGAUAACGUUAUCAAAUAGCUCCCUGAGCGCAGCCUCUGUUGCCCAUAUAGCCAAGGCCUUAAGGGAAGGAAUAACCAAGGAGCUUGAUCUGUCGCAUACCCAACUUGGAGACGCUAAUCUCAAAGUCCUCUGCAGUGGUCUCAGAGCUUGCAAGUUGCACACAUUAAACAUUCUAGCAUCCGGACUGACAGAGGCCUGCUGUGGAGAUCUGUCCUUGGCGCUUACCUCCUCCACCUCCCAGUUGAGUGUGUUGGACCUGAUGUUCAACAAGCUCGGUGACCAGGGGCUCGUGCAGUUGUGCCAAGCCCUGGAGAACCCUUUCUGCAAACUACAAGAGCUUAAGCUACGUAGCUGUCAGGUGACAGCGCAAUCCAUGGAGGCUUUGUCCACAGCCUUGUGUUGCGGCCAAUCACAACUCAGGAUUCUGGACCUGACAGGAAACACAAUUGGUGACGUUGGAGCAGAGCAUCUAUCCCAAGCACUACAGCACCCACAUUGUAACCUACAGAGGCUCACACUCAGUGCCACAGAGUUGACAGGGAGGUGCUGUCAACGUUUGGCCCAGGCCUUGAGAUCAGACCACUGCUCCUUGGUAGAGUUGGAUCUCUCUGUGAAUGAGCUGGGACCGGAAGGAGCGCUGCAGCUCUGCAAAGCUCUCCGAAAACCCGGCUGCCCACUGGAAAAACUCAGUUUGACGCGGUGUGAGUUGACACAAGUUGUGUUUACCGAGUUUGGUCUCCUACUGACGAGUGGGGGCUCCCAGCUCAAGUCCCUGUCUCUAGCUCUGAAUGACGUAGGAGACGAAGGGAUGAAAAGCCUGUGGAAGGCUAUCGCAGAUCCAUGCUGUCUCCUAGAGGAAUUGAGCAUUGAAAUGACCCAGCUGACGGACGUCUGCGCUGGGGACCUGUGUGCAUCCCUGAGGGCCAGUCGCUCCCUGAAGAGCCUGGACCUGUCCAACAACAAGCUGAGCGAUGCAUCCAUUACAGCCCUUGUCCAGGUCGUACAGGACAGCCCCUUCUUGCAGGAAGUAAACCUGAAGUAUAAUGACUUCAGUGAAGACGUUUUCGAGAUCAUGGACGAGUGUGGCAAAAUAAAUUACUAAAGGUUCAAGGACAUUUUACUGCUAUCGGUUUAAGAUGGCUCGAAGCAAUAAUGGCAACUAUGACAUUUUAUUCAACAAUUUAAUAAAUAUAUUAAAUAUACUGAAAGGAAUGCAUAGUGAAUUACAUUAAAAACAUGUUUAAUGUAAUUUAAUUUGACAUAAUUUGGUAUUUUUGAACAUUCUCUUUAAGGCAUAUAAAACAAUACUUCUACAACCAUCAAAUAUAUUAUUCAAUGAUAAAGCUCUUUCAUUUCACAGAAUAAAAUAUUUCACUGAAAUUGUAAUCUUAAUACAAAACAACAGAAAAUAAACUUGCUUUAUAAAAUC